GCGACGGUCGCUUCCACGGCUGGCGGGGAUUCGGGAUGUGCGGGGGCUGUGUUCAGAAGGAAUAUCCCGAGCGGUACUCACUAUCGUAUGGCAUUGGAGUAAUGCAGAGAUUGCUGCUUUUUCAGGGUAACACCUGCUUAGAGAAUGGCUCCUUUCUGCUAAAUUAUGUGGGUUGUGCUGAGUGCAGUAAAAGAGACUUUGUGUUAAUUGCUAAUCGAACCCAAGAUGAUGACGAUGGAGAAGAACUUGUUACAUAUGACCAUGUCUGUCAGAAUUGCCACCACAUUAUAGCACAGCAUGAGUACACAUUCACUGUUGUUGAUGAUUAUCAGGAGUACACCAUGUUGUGUAUGUUGUGUGGCAAAGCAGAAGAUUCGAUCAGUGUACUGCCUGAUGAUCCCCGGCAGAUGGCUCCUCUCUUCUGAAAGCUCUUUUUCUGCACAAUACACAUCAUACACUUUGGGUAGGGAGUGCAGUAGCAAUUCUAGCUGGGGGAAAGGAUGCUAAGUUGCAAUACUGAAAUAAAAUCAGAUUUUAAAUGAAGACAUGUUUGUUUUUGGUCGUGACCAAAGGAGGUGCAUAAAUAUGCCUCUUCGCCACCUUUUCCAAAACGAAAAUUAACUUACUUUUAUUUUUGUGAAUGCCUCCUUGACCACCACAGACUUGUAUCCCUACCAUUUCGGACUGACUCGUGUGUAUCUUAUUUCGAAUGUAUAACUUUAGUGAUCUUUCAAGUUGAAGCAAAUGUUUGAGAGAGAAGAUGAAAAAUGCUUUUACUUUUAAUUCUAUUUCUAGAGAGUGAUGCCAAAUGUACCUGUGCUGCAUUUAUAUUUUCCUCAGAAAGACUGACCCUCUUGUUUCUUGAAUUGGGCCACAUCAGGUCUAAAGGGCAAAUAUUUCUUCAUCUCUGAGAAUUGAAUGAGCUCGGGUGCCAUUCACAUUGCCAUGCUGUGCAGGUUCAGAACGUUUAGUGGCCCCAGGAGCUAUUUCUCCCAAGUAGCAGAAUACAUGACCUAUAAAAAUGGAGGGUUUCUGCUGCAGCUGAUUAUAGAUCAGCCUGCAAUUUUGAAUGGAGAAGCCCAUACUGGUGGGAGACCAAAUAAGUUUAAAGCGUCUAAAAAUUGAAGUAUAUCGUUGUAAUAUUAAACUCUGCUGUAAGCUUUGUAUAAUCCCAGUGGGAUUAAAAGUAAAAGCAUCUUUUAACUGCUCUCUCUCAGGCAGCAUGCAUUUGCUUCAACUUUAAACGCUACUGAAGUUAUACAUUACAAAUAAGACACACGAGUCAGUCUGAAAUGGUUGGGAUACAAGUCACUGGUGGUAAAGGCAGUGCUCACAAGAAUAAAGCAAAUUAACUUCAUUUUGGGGAAGGGUUGAGAUUAUUUAUGCUCCUAGAAAAUUUCAGUAUGCUGCAAAUGACGAAAGAUGUACUGAAGUGAACUCCAAAGUUUUCCCCUCCUUUUCAGAAAAUGUACUGAAAUGAGAUUUUGAGCAUAUGUAACUCGGAGAAAGUCACCUUGUGGCUGUUUGAAUGUCUUCCUUAAUUUGCUGGCUCUGGUAAGCAUUCCGUCAUUCAGAGGAAAUAUAAACUUGUAUUACAAAGAGCUCCCAGUGGUCUAAUUUGGGCUUUCAAGUGUUAGGAAUUUAUUAUCUUGUGUUCACUUCUAUUCCAUUUAACUAAAUAGUGAUGUGCAGAAAGGGUCUCACUGAGGCACAGCACUGUCAUUUUAUUCAUUUGUUGUUCUGUUGAAUGAAUCAAAGUUUUACCUUCUGGUGAAGGGCAACUUUGAUGCAUUCUGAACCAUCGGACCUGUCCAAUUUUGAAGUUUAUAUGCUUUCCAGUUAUUAUAAUAACCAGUGAAACAAAAUCAUAUCGUAGCCAUGUGGUACGGGUCGUGAGGUGCGUUAUGGCUAUUAACAAAUGCAAGCACAAACCACUUUCAAGCAGAUGAGCAAAACGAGACUGAAUGCCAAUUUGUUCUAACUCUGCUAGAAAUACAUUUCCAAGUGGUUCAACAGAUUCCAUCCCAUUACUGCAUGUAUGUGGCAUGAGCUGUUAUUUAGCAUACAGCAGACAACUAGCCAAACAUGUCCUGAAUAAAGUUCUGGCUUACUUGCUGUUGCCCAUGGUGUUUGUAAGUUAGUGGGUGCAAAAUAUACUAUAUUACAUAAAAUGUAAGUUUUUAACCUCUCUGUAAAGUCAGUUCAAUUGGUAAUUUAUUUACAUCAGCCACAGCACUUGGACAGUGAUACGUUUUCCAAUCCAAAAACUUGCAGGCUAUUGGCACUUUUGAUUUUUAAAGCAUUGUUUCCCUAGAGACUGUUAGGAUGGGGAAUGGACAAAAUUUAACUAUACAAGUCAUCAUGGGGCUCUGUCAAUCAGCUGCUUUGCUGACCCUAGUUGCCCCCUUUUCUUGCUCUGUAUCAUUUCGGCUUGACUACUAUAAGAUUAACAUUAGAAAAUAUUUUAUUUAGCUAAUGAUCUGUAGAAUGAAGUAGAUUGAUGGAUGUCCUUCAGCCAAGAGGUUGUGUUGACAUUUUUAAGCUAUUUGUGGUUUAUUGCUGUCUUUACUCCAACUGGUAGCCAUCUGUUAACUAAGAACUUACAGCUUUUUAAAAUUGUAACAAUUUUAUGAAGGUAACUUGCUGAACUCUAUUUUGGCAAUCAUUUUGGAAAAACUAUGCUGUUAUUUCCUAUUCACUUCAGUAAAUAAAAACGUUAUUCCAGUA